GACGGUCAUCCCCUUUCCUAACGAUUCCGAACGAUUCCUAACCAUUCCUAACCAUUCCUAACGAUUCCUAACCUUUCCUAACACUUUCCUAACACUUUCCGAACAAUUCCUAACACUUUCCGAACUUCCCUACAAAGUGAGCAUGCGCAGAAACUUUUACGACCACCCCGCAUCCCGCAUCCCGACUGUGAUGGUACUUGCACUGAACGUGGUACUUGCACUGAGAUCAUCGGAGCUGAGCUGGAUGUUCAAUGACCGCUGGUCUUCGCCUUCAAUCACGAACUUCGUAGAUAUCUAACGAUUAAGCAAUGACGAAGACUGGGAGACCAGAUAGUUACUGGGAAAAUCUCCUGCGACUAUAUGCUAAAGGGAAGCAUCAUUUUGGUACAGGCCAAGCACCUGGGAGUAGGAGGUGGAAGAAAGUGAGGAAGAGCAUUGAUGAGUGCCCUCUACACAAGAAGCAGACUGUCAAUGUUUUUGGAGCUGCUGUUCCCUGCAAAUGUGGUUACCAUGAGACUCCACAGAAAAGUCAAGAGGCGCCACCACCACCCAUGGUCACCAGCGGGGCACCACACACAUUCCAUCAGGCACCCAAGUCUCUUACCCAGGCCCCACCUGCACACACUGCGGUCAGCCAGCCACCCUCGCCACCAUCGCUACCAUCCACUAGCAAACCCAUUCCACAUGAAGAUCACAUCAAAUGCUCCUUGUGUGCACAAGAGGUGCUGGUCACUGAUUACAGCGACCAUCUUUCUCUCUACCAUGCUCAGACAACCUGUGCUCAGUGUGGCAGAAAAUGCCAGGGAGGAGAAGUUGGAUUGACACAACACAUCGAAGCAACACAUGCAGCCCCACCCACAAGGAUAGCCAGACGAGCUCAGCAGCCAUCACACACCGUCAGUCGGGCACCAGGUGCGGAGUCGCUCCCCCGUUCCGCCCCACGCACCGUCAGUCGGGCACUGGAUGAUGAGUCGCUCCCCCGAUCCGUCCCACACAACGUCAGUCGGGCAUCAGGUGCGAAGUCGCUCCCCCGAUCCGCCCCACACACCGUCAGUCGGGCACCGGACGACGAGUCGCUCCCCCGAUCCGUCCCACUCAGCGUCAGUCGUGCACCAGGUGCGAAGUCGCUCCCCCGAUCCGCCCCACACACCGUCAGCCGGGCACCGGAUGACGAGUCGCUCCCCCGAUCCGCCCCACUCAGCGUCAGUCGUGCACCAGGUGCGAAGUCGCUCCCCCGAUCCGCCCCACACACCGUCAGCCGGGCACCGGAUGACGAGUCGCUCCCCCGAUCCGCCCCACUCAGCGUCAGUCGUGCACCAGGUGCGAAGUCGCUCCCCCGAUCCGCCCCACACACCGUCAGUCGGGCACCGGAUGACGAGUCGCUCCCUCGAUCUGCCCCACCCACCGUCGGUCCUGCAGAGCCACUACCUCGGGCACGACCUGACUUGAAAAGUUUCCUACCAGCGCAGUUCAGGAGGGAGAUUUUGGAGGCCGACCAGGACUGGAUUGCGCACAUAAUAUAUGAUGAUCAAGGACAGUUGAGGGAGACCUUUCCUCAGAAUUGGUUUUUCCCCCCUGCUCCCCCAAAACUAACAGUGUCCCCUCCUAACCCAGGGAGCUACUUUAGGAGAAGAUUAUUUGUUUGGGCUCCUAUGAGAAUGUGGGGCAUCCCACUGAAGUGCCCUACAUGUGCAGUGAAAAUGAACCACUCGGGGAUCUACCCUAAGAUUAGGGAAGUGGUGGACAUCGACACACGUUACUACCUGGUGGGAGGAGAGUACCCACGGUGUAGUCGAUGCAAGCUGCCUCUGUGUCCCUGGAACGAGGACAUCAUCAAGCAGCUUGAUCCAAGCCACAGGCAAGUGUUCCCAGCCAUCUUGACAGCGCACCUGGCCCUGGACAGGAAAUGCGUUACACUAUUGAAGCCACGGACAGAAGGUAACAGCUCCAGCUACUGCCAGCAGGCCCUGGAGGAAAUACACAGCGAGGAGUGGGGGCGGAGAGUUGUCAGCUAUCUAGCUGCUUGUGAUCUCCACAAGAAAGGGGCAACUCUCACCCAGGCUACUGGACAUCAGUACGAGCCACCACUACCAUACACUCCCGUCCCUUUGGCACAGUGGUUCCAGACUGUGCACACAAAUCACAUCCUUGGCCAUCUUCAGGAGCACAGAGGGGUUAUAACAUCUACCUAUGGCCGAAUCCUCAAGAUAGAUUCCACCAAAAAGAUCACAAAGAAACUUGCUGGGGAUGUAGCCCACACUGCCAGCUGGAUGACAAAUGUCGGAAAUGACAUGGGGCAGGUACUCAACUCAGUGUUGACAACUGGCGAGGGUUCUGGCCUUGAUGAAAUGUGCCAGGGUAUUGUGCAUAGAUACCAGGAUGCUAACGUGCCUCAGCCGCAAAUUAUCUAUGUGGACAGAGACUGUUGCAGUAUAUCAGGCAAGCUUCAUGUCCUUACACUGUUUCGUCCGUGGACCUGUGCAGUGAGGUUGGACAUCUUCCACUUCAUGAGAAGAUUCGUUGCAGGCCUCACCACGGAGCACCAUCCUCUCUUUGGCACCUUUCUCUCCAAGCUGUCCAGCUGCAUCUUUGAGUGGGACGCUAGGGAUGUCGGCAAGCUCAGGGAAGCAAAGAGGAGGGAGCUGAAGAAGAGAGGUGGUCGCAAGCCGACAGAGGCACAGGUCUCAGCUGCUAUUACAAGCAGUGAGCUGGCCAAGCACUGUAGGAGGAGGACGCGUGGGGUGGAGGAGAGUAGGCAGCUGAUCCAGGGGCUACUCGACUCCAUGUGGCACCUUACUGACACGCUAGGGGUACCCUUCAUCAACAAGGAGUGUAUGGCCAAAGUGUGGGAGGUGCAGCAGAAGCAUCUGGCUUGCAUCCAGGAUCCUCCAGGGGUGGAAAUUUACACCAAAGUUGGCCAUGUGGUGAAGGGUGGCAAGGAGCUGGAUGUGCUCAAGUGUGGUAGAGGCUCAUCAUCUUUGGAGAGCUUCCAUCGCCACCAGUGUAGUUUCAUUCCUGGUUGGAGGUGCAACGCUGUGCAUACGCAGAUGUACAUGUUGGAGGGUGGGUCACGAUGGGACAUCGACAGAGCCCGAGAAGCUGUGGACUUGGGUGUUGGACGAAGGACUAGGCUGUAUGAUGUGCACUUGAUGAGCAACAUCAACAGCAUGAGCCAGAGGAUCCUCGGCUAUGAGAUUCUUCCCCAGUUCAAGGCACCAAGAAAACCUACUAAUGAGAAAAUCGCUGUGGAAUACAUGCUAGCCCAGUCUGGAAGAGGGGACCUGCUUGCUCCAAUCCUUAGCACUGAAAUUGGGGCCAGUCUGCCAGAUAUCCAGCCAGAAGAUAUCGAGAUGGAUGAUAUCUUGGAUGUUACUGUUUGUGAUGCCCUUGAUGUGAAUAUGAAUAUCCAGCAAAUAUCUAUUCAGGUUCCACAGCACCAGGAAGAAACAUCGAUCGUCACAACUAGGUCUCUACUGGCAAACCAGCCAGCCCUCGCCACCGAACCAGCCCGACUUGCCACCUCAGCCAGACAAAGCCGUCUUGCCACCCCAACCAGACCGGCCCGUCUUUCCACCUCAACCAGGCUGGCCCGUCUUGCCACCUCAACCGAGCCACUCUCGCCUUCACCACCUCCGUCUUCCCUGCAGUCUUCCCCACAUCCUUCGCCUUCACUGUCGGACUUCCCAACCUCGGCCAGACCAUCCCGUCUUUCCACCUCAGCCAGACAAAGCCGUCUUUCCACCCCAACCAGACCGGCCCGUCUUUCCGCCCCAACCAGACCGGCCCGUCUUUCCACCCCAACCAGACUGGCCCGUCUUGCCACCUCAACUGAGCCACUCUCGCCUUCACCACCUCCGUCUUCCCCACAUCCUUCCCCACAGCCUUCGCCAAAACAGGAUGCACGCUAUGACAAUAGAGGGCAACCUGGCUGGGAGGCAGUGGACAACCUGGCUGCCUAUCUGGUGGGUCUGAACAGAACCAUAACGGCACUUUCUGCAGCAGAGAUCGAGGAGAUAAAGAGGCUAUACACCCUCCUGGAUGAUGCAGAUAAGGCCCCCAUGGAAUAUUCUUUGAAAUCAAAGAAACGGACCCUUCUCGGGCCAUGGAGAGCAUCGCGGAAGCGGAGUGGUUCUGUACCUGGACAGCAGGCUGCUGAAAGGUUGUACUUGUCAGGGGGAGUAGCAGCUGAGAGGCCUGACUCAAACAGAGUGUCCGAGUGUAUUUGCCUGCGCCUGUUUAAGGAGUACACUCUGACGAGAAACCGGCCAAAGGACAUCUUAGGAAAGACCCUCCCUAUCCCCCAGGCCAUUGUCCAUUCUUACACACAUAUCAAGCAGCUGGUGGAAGACGGCCCACAGGAGCUUCUACGUACGGACCUGGUGCUGGUCACACUGAACAACACCACGGUCAGCAACUGGCUGAAGAAGCGCCAGGAAAAGACACAAACUUCAAUGCUGCUGCAGGGUGUCACCCUGCCAGACACUGUUUCCCUGGCAGUGGACCCACUACCCCUUCCACGGCAGCGACCCAGCGAGCCAUUGAGACAUGAAGCCCCGAUGGAGUUUGAUGAACCCCCAAACAGGGAAGGCCAAACUGCAGUACGACAAAGAAAAAAGAAGCGGCGAACAGGAAUGGAGGAUACACCCUCUUCCUCAUCUUCAACCAUGCCCUUUCCUCCGACCAUGAUGCCCCCUCCUUUCCCACCAAUCCCCUCCCGCCCAACUACAGGUGCCUGGCCAGGUAUGCAGCCUGGUCAGUUCAGCUGGUACGGACCUCAGCCAUGGCCUGUUUCUUCUCCCCAUCUUCAGGAGGAACAGGAAGCUCCUUCCCCAUCAAGCCAGAUGCCACAAUCCCGGCAGAGAAGUUGGAGGAGAGAGAAGGCUCUCAAGGAGGAUGAGGAGAGAGUGGCGAGGGGUGAGGCACCAAAAAAAAGAUAUUCCAAACGUAAAGAAUGGUAUACCUGUUCUCAGUGCCAAGAGCCUAAAACCAAAGAUACUGGCCACACCCAAUAUAAGGGUAAGUGGUACUGCCCCGCCUCAGGACAGAGUCUUGAAGAGUGGAGGAGUUCACUAAAGAAAUAG